CAACGAGAAACUCUCAAGGAAAUUGACACUGAGUGGCAAGAAGCCUUAAUCAUUGAAGAUUUGCUCUUUGUUCUCAUGGGCAUCGAGGGCAAUUUCAUCGAGUUUGAUCCAAAUUACUCACCUGACGACCCCUUCGAGCGCCUACAAGGCGCGCAUUUCGUGGUCGACAAUGAUCUGGACCCUUCACUUCGAGAACUGGUGGAGCGCAUCCUACCCCUCGCCUCGUAUUAUACGUCAAUCGAUGCCUUUGUCGAGGCUCACAGUCAUCUAGAUUACGGCUUAGUCAAUCAUGCACUCUGUGCUGCUAUCAGAGAUGUGUUGAAAAGAUAUGUAACCCUGAUAGUACAGCUAGAACAUCAAUACAACACUUCCCCGGAAUUUACUCUUCAGCGAUUCUGGUUCUAUGUUCACGACGUGUUACAUCUACUCAAGCUGCUCCAUUCGCUGACGAUAGAACUGGUUUCUAUCUAUUCACCGAAUAUUCCGUCCUCCGAUGAGGAUUCAGGAGAUGACCCUGACUUGGACGAUGACUCAGAGCAGGACGAAGCUUUGAAGGCGGUUUUGAAAGAGUUCAACUCUGGUGGCCGUCGUAAGGCCGCGAAAGCCGGAGUGACUCCUGAGAACAACAUAGAAGGAAUGGUUGUCAAAGGUGGAGAGGUCUUAGCGGUUCUAGAAGAUCGAGUAAUGAAUACCUUGGGAGACCCGGUUGCAUCCGAGUUGUAUUCUGAUCUCUUGCUGAAAGCGUCUCAGCCGUAUUGUAAGAUGCUAAUUCAAUGGGUUACACAGGGUAUUCUAGCUGAUCCCUAUGAGGAAUUUAUCAUCAAAGAGAGCAAAAGUAUCACUCGAGGAACCUUAGACAUGGAUUUCACCGACGAGUAUUGGGAACGCAAGUAUGUGCUCCGGAAUCGAUCGCCAGCCACUUCCGCAUCUGUUACGUUGUCAACACCACAUGCAAGCCAGUCAGCUCGACAUCGUCGAUCGGACAGUGGGCACGCGGUAUGGCGGCGAGAAGGUGGCGUAGCCGGUGGCGCGGUACUGCCUAGGUUUCUGGAAGUGUGGGAAGUGAAAAUUUUACUAGCAGGCAAAUAUGUCAACGUUAUGCGUGAAUGCGGGGUCGAAACAAACGGCCUCAAUUCCAGCGAAGGGUCUGAUGAUCACGUGCAAUUUCAACUCUCUACCAAGAUAGACUCACAUACUUUGAUCAAAAUGAACAAUGAAGCUUUUUUUGAAUUGAUAGAUCGCGCAUAUAUCUCGGCCAACAGAUCUUUAUUAAAUCUGUUGAUGAAAUCUGAAGAUCUUCUCGGACGACUGCAAUCACUCAAACAUCACUUCUUCCUCUCUCAGGGAGAUAGCUUCACGACCUUUCUAGACACAGCAAAUUAUGAGCUGGCAAAAAAAUUGAAGCAUGUCAACGUUUCUCGACUUCAAAACCAAUUUGACCUGGCAAUUCGAAAUCCGAGUAGCUCAAGUAGUAGCGAUCCGUACAAAGAAGAUGUCAAAGUGACUAUGGCUACUACAAGCUUAACCGAUUGGCUGCUACGGAUCGUGGGUGUAACAGGUGCCAUUGACGGAGGGCAAUCGACAAGUGCCACCCGACAACACGGCUUUCUAGCCAGUGAAAGCCAACACGGUAACCAUGCUGAGAGAAUUGAUGCGCUACAGCUAGAUUAUACCGUCCGGUUUCCACUUUCCCUUGUAAUAUCUCGAAAGACCAUUCUUCGCUAUCAGUUGAUUUUUCGCUACUUACUCCAUUUGAAACACCUUGAGCAAUCCUUAACUCUAUCAUGGACCGAUCACAUCAAAUCAUCAGCUUGGAGAUCAUCAACAAAAUCCUAUCCCCGACUUGAAUGUUGGAAACGUCGGAUCUUCAAUCUGAGGGCUAAGAUGCUCAGCUUUGUACAAUCGUUGUACAAUUUCAUCUGUUUCGAAGUUUUAGAAAAAAAUUACCGGAAGCUACAAUUGAAGCUAAGAAAAGUUGAUACCGUAGAUGGUCUCCUCCGUGAACACGUCGACUUUUUAGAUACGUGCUUGAAGGAGUGCAUGUUGACUAAUUCCAAGUUGUUAAAGAUUCAUCAAAAGCUUACAACAGCAUGUUCCAUGUUUGCAAGUUAUACGGCUCAUUUCACCAAAUCGGCUUCCACUUUCAAUCUUGCCUUUGAAAAUUCAGAAGGAGAUUGGGAGGCAAUACCGAAUGAUAUACAAAACAAAAUAUCCAUGGCUGAAUUGGCUUUGAACAAAUUCGAACAAAACUUCAAUCAUCACUCCAAAGUGCACGUCGACAUGGUCACUUAUUUUGCUUCAUCUGAAAACCUUGCGCUGCUUGCUUUGGCUGUCAGGUUGACAAAUGUCCGAUCGACUCAUUGAUCAGUGUCUGGAGAUGGACAAAACUCUUAUACUCAUCUUGAUCAGAUGGCUCCAUCAACAUUGUCUGCUGGAUAAAAGUGAUUGAACCCUAACCGUCAGUAUUCCCUAUCUCUGUUUGUCUUGUUGCUGUAACAUCAGAGAGCCAACUGGUUUGUAUGCCAAGCAAGAACAUUAAGAUAGGUCAGCUGAAAACUUCCAACCUGUUCGACUGCCUGCCCUUGAGUUAUAAUCCAGGACCAGAGACUGACAGUAUAGAAGGGAAAUAUAUAAAAAUGAUACUUGC